AUGAGGAUCAAACGCAAGCGCGACCUCGAAGAUGUUUGCAAACUUUACGACUCCGACUCGGCCUACGGUUCUCAACCCAAGCGAACGAAAGCGCGGAGCACUUCUCCUGACGACUCCCCCUCCUCUCCCGUGACCUCGGUUGAACAUGACACGGACUUCGUUGUCUCCGAGGACACCUCGGAAGAUGAGCUUACGCUUAAGCCCAAGAAUCAGAGGCAGCCAGUGACUCAUCCUCGGACGAGCCGAACGCUUCGCUCGUGCACCCGUCGACAAAGGCGAUCCCCUUCUCACGACGAGGACAGCGACUACCAUAGCGCAAACAAGACCCCAGGGCGCACUCAUAAGAUAGCAAAUCGGUCAAGCCGGGCUCCCACGAGGAAGGCUAGACUUGAUGCAGAGUUAGCUAACCUAGCGGACUACAACAAGUCGCCAGUGUUGCGUUCGCGGACUCGUAGGACCUGCGAGAACAUUAACAAGGUUGUUGACGUCUCCGAUAGCGAGGGCGAGUAUACCCGUAGGGCAUGUAGAGAAAAGCCUAAGGCUCCCACUUUGAGUGACCGGCUCCGCGUCCAGGGUGCACGUAUCACAAAGCCUAGGGCGAAGAUACCUUCACCAAAGAAGCGCAGACAUAAGCUUCUUGCCGAGGUGAAGCAGCUACAACCGUGGCAUGGAUGGAGCCUAGAAGAAGAGGAAAGCUCGAGUGAUAGCGGUAGCGAGUCCGAUGAUAGACCCUUCCCCCGAUCGCACAAUCGCCACUACCCACCUAAGGUGCUUGGUAGCCAGAACACACCAUGGACAGAUAUACCGGGUGAGAUCCGCAACAAAAUCUACGAAUACGCCAUGUUGAACGAAGAGGAGAAGACUUUCAAUGUAAUUCAUUACCCUAAUGGUGUACCCCGUCGUUCCGUCCGUGGCAUCACAUCAAUGACCAACUUUGCUCACUCGUAUUGGGGCUUCACUCAAAGUUGUCAGCAGAUCCGCAACGAGUUCACCCCGUGGUUGCUGAAUAAGCGACGAGUGCGCACUCCACUUGCCACGCUCAACCACUACGUCGAGACCUUUCAUCGUCUAGAUCAAGAUGGCAAGCGCGCCGGGUGGAUUGAGCCCAUCUUUCGCGGCGCACCACUUCCUGGGCGCGGAGUCGAAGUCUUGAAUUUACUGAAGGUCAAACACGCCAACCCGGACCUUCACCUCCAACUUACUCCGACAACUGUAAAUGUUAUACUCGACUACCUAACCCCUCCGACCGACGAACACCACUUUGACGAGCUGAAGAUCGUAAAAGACAUGGACGAGACUUUCGCCGAUUGGACUGGCAAUACCCGCCAGACUGCUGGAAUUGAGGGAAUCCACAUCACUUCCAUCGGCAGAGAGGACCAGACCGAGCACAGUGAUGGCGAAGAUGACGAUGUAUCGCACGAGAUACUCAUCAAGCUUGACAUUGGCACCGUCCACGAACUUCAACCUCAGCUUCAAGGUGUCAACAGCUUUAUCUUCGCCUCCCGGAUCGCGCAGAAGACGGGCGUGAAGCUCCAAGCCUCUUUCGGUGGUGGCGUAGCUCGGUGGAUAGUUAGGCGACCUGGAACCGUGGACAUGCAGUGGAAAAAAGGCAAAGGUCGCGGCGCAAGUAUGUUUCGACGACUGACGCUUGCUCCACAGGAGCUGGAGGGCUUUUUGGAGGAGAGUUUGGAUUGA